CCGUGGGCGAUUGCGAUUAAUUGCUUCGGCCUGUGUCGCAGCAUGGUCGCGUCGCCUCUGGUCGCGUCGGACGUGACGAAGGCCGUCAAGGCGCUGCUCGCCUAUCGGUCGAAGCAGGGCCGGGGCCUCGACCUCGACGCCGACUUCCUCACGGUGCAGAUCGGCCUGAAGCAGGCGCCGAUCACGCCGUCGCCGAAGCCGCGGCUCGUCGCGCUGCCGCACCCGCUCAAGGACGCGAGCGAGCUGAGCUGCUGCCUCAUCGUCAAGGCCGCGGACAAGCCCUGGCUCAAGGCGCUGGCCGUCGACGGCGAGGCGCCGGGGCCGAAGCUCGUCGACAAGGUCCUGGCCUUCGACAAGCUGCGCAGCUCCUACAAGCAGUACAAGGACAAGCGCGAACUGCGGGACCGCUUCGACGUCUUCCUCGCGGACGACCGCGUCGCGCCCAUGCUCGGCAAGCUGCUCGGGUCGACGUUCUUCGGCCGCAAGAAGCAGCCCAUCGUCGUCAAGGUCACGCGGCCCGAGAGCCUCGCCGCGCAGAUCCGCAAGGCGACGGCGAGCGCGCACGUCGUGCUCAAGGAGGGCACGUGCGUCGCCGCGAACCUGGCGCACACGGACAUGAGCGCGGACGAGUGCGUCGCCAACGUCGUCGCGGGCGUCAACGCCGUCGUCGGCGACCUCGUCCCCAAGAAGUGGAACAACGUGCUCUCGGUGUCGCUCAAGCUCCCGGAGAGCGCGGCGCUGCCGCUCUACAACGCGGACCCGACGGCGGGCGCGGGCCUGCCCGACGCGCCGCCGGCCGCAACGGCGCCGGCGAAACGCGCGGACACGCCCGCGGCGCCGGCGAAGAAGCCCGCGAAGAAGGACGCCGCGGCGCCGCCGCCGGCGCCGAAGCGCGCGCGCGACGACGCGAAGCCCGCCGCCGCGGAGAAGAAGGCCAAGAAGCCCAAGGCCGCGCCGAAGGUCGUCGCCGCGGCGCCCGCGGCGAAGCGCGCGCCGUCCCUCAAGGACAAGCUCAAGGCGAGGAAGGCCAUGAAGUGCUAGGGCGCGCGGCGUAAAAAGGAGCGACCGGGU